UCUACAAUAGGUAAGGAGAGGGAGGCAGAAGGAGAGAUAUAUAUGUACACAACGGCGGAAAAGGAAGACAGAGGGCAUUUUUGUUUUGGGGACUUAAUGAUGAGAAAGUGCAGGGCAGAGUAAAAGGGGAUACAAAGGGAAAUUAAGUGGAAUAGACAGGCAGGGGAAGAGAGAUGAGAAGAGGUUGUGGCAGCAGCAAGUGUAGACACCCUCCUGAGGACACAGGUAUGCCAGAGCUCUAAUAAAAAAAAAACUAAGGACACAGCCCAUUCUUCCAUCAUUUGCCACAACUAACAUCAAACAGGUCAGAAGGAAGUGACCUCUCAGUAGUCAGCACAGGUGAGGAUGCAAACAGGUGGACGGUCCGACAUGCUGUGUGUGCUUCUGCUUCUCUGCGUGGCUGACGGAAUUAUGGCGUCCACCCAUGGAGUCUGGACUUAUGGCCGGAUGCAGGACAGGCAGGGAGGAGCAGACGUGCUGUGCCCCACGCCGUGCCAGUGUGAGCAAGACGGGAUCUUGGUCAUGGUGGACUGCUCAGAGCUGGGACUGUCAUCUGUGCCAGUCGGCAUUAGCCCUUUCACCACUUAUCUGGAUCUCAGUAUGAAUAACAUCAGCAAGAUCCAGCCAAGAAUCUUCCACCGACUGGACCUGUUAACAGAACUGCGAAUCUCUGGGAAUCAACUGAGGUAUAUCUCAAGCCUGGCUUUCCAGGGUCUCCACAAUCUUAAAGUGUUAAUGCUGCAGAACAAUCAGCUUGAAAGACUUCCUGAUGAUGCACCAUGGGACCUACCCAAUCUGCUGUCCCUGCGUCUAGAUGCAAACCUAUUGCCUGAAGUUCCCGCUGGCGCUUUUAGAGGAAUCCGUUCUCUUAGGCACCUGUGGCUGGAUGAUAACUCAUUGAUAGAGAUCCCUGUGACGGCCCUGGAUGCUCUACCCUCCCUUCAAGCCAUGACGCUGGCCCUCAACCAAAUUACGUACAUCCCAGAUUACGCAUUUGCCAACCUCUCUGCACUUGUUGUACUACAUCUCCAUAACAACCAGAUCCAGAUCAUGGGUGAGAGAUGUUUUGAAGGUCUACAUAGCCUGGAAACUCUGGAUUUGAAUUACAAUGAUCUCCAGGAGUUCCCUGUGGCGAUCAGGACACUGAAUAAGCUUCAGGAACUGGGCUUUCAUAACAAUAAUAUUAAAGCCAUCCCAGAGAGGGCCUUCGUGGGAAAUCCUCAGCUUCAAACCAUCCACUUUUAUGAGAACCCCAUCCAGUUUGUGGGUAAAUCUGCUUUCCAGUUCUUACCAAAGUUGCACACACUUUCCCUUAACAGAGCAACCCUUAUUCAAGAGUUUCCUGACCUGAAAGGAACCACCAGUCUGGAAGUUUUGACGCUGACUCAGGCGGGUCUCUCAACUCUCCCUCUAGAUCUGUGCGAACACCUGCCUUGCCUUAGAGUACUAGAGCUGUCAUACAACCAGAUACAGCAUCUGCCAAGCUUCCAUCACUGCUCAGCACUGCAAGAGAUAGGGCUUCAGCAUAACCAAAUAACGAGGAUAGAGACCAGCACUUUUCAGCAACUCACCUCUCUGAGAACGCUGGAUUUGAGUUGGAACAAGAUAGAGUGGAUCCAUGCAGAUGCGUUCGCCUCUUUGCAUUCCUUGGUCAAACUGGACCUAGCUGAAAACAGGCUUCGCUCAUUGCCAUCUGCAGGAUUGGGAGGUCUCACUCAUCUCAAACUCCGUGGAAACACUGAGUUAUACGACACCUUCAGCCCUGAUCACUUCCCUCACAUGAGGGUGAUUGAAAUGCCUUACGCCUACCAGUGCUGUGCGUAUGGGUCUUGUGAUAGCUACAAGUCAUCCAACCAGUGGGACACUGAACAAAGAAGCACAGAUGAUGACCUUCACAAAAGAACUGUGGCCAUUUACCCAAACCACGGCCACACACAAUAUGACCCUGAUUUGGAAGAAUUCCAGCUGGAAUUAGAAGAGUCCAAACUUCCGGCCAGUGUCCAAUGCACACCCACACCAGGUCCAUUUCGUCCUUGUGACUCCCUCCUGGGAAGCUGGUUGGUUCGUGUUGGGUUAUGGACCAUAUCCCUUGUGUCUCUACUGGGAAACAUCCUCCAACUUCUUUCUCUAUUUAGCUCACCCAGCUCCAUGUCACCACUGAGAUUCACAGUUGCCUGCAUGGGUGCCUCCAACCUGCUGACAGGCGUGUGCACAAGCACCCUGGCACUUGUAGACAUUUUAACAUUAGAAGAGUUUAGCCACUUUGGUGCCCGCUGGCAAGGAGGUCCUGGAUGUCAGUUGACGGGAUGGUUGUGGGUACUUGCCUCUGAGGCAAGCGUGUUACUGCUGACACUUGCAGCUGUGCAGUGUGGAGUGAGUAUGACAUGUGCACGCAGCUAUGGGAAAUCACCCACCCUCAGGAGUGUACGCACAUCUGCACUUUUCUGCUUUACUCUUUCGUUGGGCUUAGCUUGUCUCCCCUUGCUUGGAGUUGGAGAGUAUGGAUCCUCACCUUUCUGCUUACCCACACCUCUACCCUCUUCUACUUCUCAGCAACCAACUGCUUUGAUAUUCCCCUUAGUGCUCAUUAUGAUGAACACACUGUGCCUACUCAUAGUAAUAUGUUCAUACAUCCGCCUGUACUGGGAAUUACUUCGAGGAGAAUGUGAAGGCUUGUGGGACUGUGCUAUGAUCAAACAUGUAGCCUGGCUAAUUUUCACAAAUGGCCUCCUGUAUGUACCAGUCGCUUUCCUUUCAAUCUGCUUCCUCCUGGGUCUCCUCUCUCUCGGGGAAGAAGUGUUGAAAUCAGUACUUUUACUUCUUCACCCUCUUCCUGCCUGCCUAAAUCCCUUACUUUUCCUCCUUUUUACAAGACACUCCCAGUAUUUUUUCUGGUCGCGCCCAAAAGCGAGUCCUCAGCUUCGCCGGGAACGCACUCUAGACUCACUGGUUUCUGUGGAGACAGAGAAGAGCUCCUGCUUUGAUUCUUCAACACAGGUGUCACUUGCUGAUGUGGAUACCCUUUGCAGUAGGGGCUCUGCUCUCGGCGCACAAAUGGAUAUAUUUUCCCACUGCUCCUCUACUUACUCAGUUCCUCUAAUCACUUGUCAGACAACCAGCGCCAGACAAGAACAAGGGAAACUUGAUGAAAAAGGCUCUCUGAAGAAUCUGAAGCAAGAUAUUCACAAUUGUCCGAUACAUGGCUUAACCAUGACUAACUCUGUGGCCCCAAAUGCAUAAACUACUAAACUAACUUCCUGAAAACAUGGGGAAUUACGGACAUUCACAGGUCAUUAUAUACAGUUGCAAAAGACCAUUUCUGGGCCUCACAGAACGUUACAAGGAGAUCACAUGGAACUGAAGAGUAUUGAUUUAAAAACUAAUGAACGCCAGAGUGCCUCUUGAAAGGGAAAGUGCAACAGCAAAUUUCCUCUGCAUUAAGGAAUUAACAUUAGAUUGCGCUCCAUUAUACAUUUUUUAACACUUAAUUUUUAGAACCAACCAAUAGGAUUACAUUAGUCAAAGAUGUAAAUCCUCAAAGUUCCAGUAAAAGCUAAAAGUUGAUCAUUAAAAGACGCAUCCUUGGAGAACUUUCCGUGGGGUGGAUUUAAAAUUGUAUUGAAAACUUAUAUGCAUAAAUGUUCAUAUUGAAAUAUGAUUGAUCAUGGGGCAUGCUGUUUAGAUGUUUCAGAUUGUCUGGCUAUAUAUGGAUUAUAUUUAAUUGUCUAUUUGUAUUUUCAAUUUACUGGAUAUUAAGAGAUUUAUUGUCAUGUCAUGUAUUUAACCAGGUUAAGCUAACAUUUCCCAUGUCAGUCCUUUUCAAACAUGUGCAACACAUUUAAAGUUGGAUUGUUUUCUUUCAAAUAAGCAAUUCUACAGAAUAGACUGAAUGGGAUGUAGCUACCGUAUUUUAUCUCGCAGACCAGCAGUGUGUAUAAACAAUGUAACUACCUCUGAACUGGCACGAUAUUGACUCUUUUUUUAUGACACAACACCAAAUAUUUUACACAUUAAGUUAACAAAUGCAGUUUAACAAAAAUAAAAUCAUUUGUUGCUAUUUAGGUUGUAAACACUACUGUGUAUACAAAUGAAAAGCAUAUGUUUGAAUAAAAAUAACGUUAUACUGUACAGCAACCACUAUGGUCUCACUGCUGUACAAAAGCAAUCACCACAAAAAGCCCUCCUUUGUAUUUUUUUAAUAUUUACUAAAACACAAACAUGCAAAUACCUGUACAUAUGUAGCUACUGUAUAUUAUGGGUACGUGAAUGAUUGUGAAAAUGUAUCAAUAAAAUAAUGCAAAUAAACUGCAAAAUACA